AAAAUACUUAAAACAAGUAGACAUCCUUGACAUUAUAUCUAAUGAUAUAGCAGCAUAUGAAAGUUUACCGGAUGACGCAAUCAAUACUAAUUUACAAAAGAUUGAAGUGGACUAGAAAGUUUGCUAUAAUGUAUUGUUUGUUUCUUUAUAUUCCUUUAAUCGAUAGUAAAGUUUCGAAGAACUUUCAAUUUCCUAUCAGUUCUUAUACCUGCAUUCAUUUGUUUCUCAAAAUAUGAUAAAGGAAUUAAAGUGAAACUUAUUCGAUGACUCAUGAAGAAUGAACUGGUACGACGCAUUAAUCUAUGUUGAUAAGAUUUUAUCAGCCUUGUAAACAUUUAUAAAAGCACUUAUCAGUCAUAAAAUUGCGAUAAAUGAUAAGAAAGUGUUAUUUCAAUUAUUUAUGAAAAACAAGUCAGUUUAGUUAUAUUUCAUACGUGACCAAAGUUAAAUCGUAAAAAUAAGAGUUUAAAAAAUGAAAGACGACAAAAUUCUUUUAAUUCCAUCAGAAGAGAGUUACAAACAUCAUCACCAUCAUUUGCGAAAGAGAUUUUGCUUAAUUGGAGCCGUGUUUGUAGGAACAAUAUUUAUCUCAUGUAUAAUCAUUUUGGAAUUCAUCAGAAAAGUAGCUUGAUUCAUGGCAACAACAUUAUAAAUAGUUCAAUAAUCAUCAACAUCAUAGUAGAUGGCGGUAAUCGAAAUAGAAGUUUAAUUGAUGAACUUAUGGAUGAUAGUGACAGUGACUAUGAUAUACAGGACAAUGAGAAUAAACCUGAAACUGAUAUAUUUAGAGGACCUCUUAGAGUCGAGCAUAUUGAUCAAAUUCCCAUUCUUAGGGAUAUGUUUGAAAUGAAAACUACUAUGGGACCAGAACCUGAAAUUAUUGCAACAACUGAUACUGAUUCAUAUUAGGCUCAACUGUAAAACCUUAGAUUUGAAAUUUUGCUCAAUUAAUUUUUCUCAAUUUGUUAUAUGAUUUGUAGUUAAAUGAGAAUCUAUUGGAAUCUAUUAUUAUCAAUUAUCUCUUAUUAUCCUAACCACCGCCUCUACAUACGUGUAUUGACUAAUAAAAUUACAAGUCUUAUUAAACUUCAAUCAAUUGUGUUUUCUUGAUCAAAGCUUUUUGACUUUCUUUGCACCAACAUUUUUUUAUC